UCUUUAGAUAUAAAAAAAAAGUAGCCUAAGAUAUCGUUAUUCUGCAUUAUACAAUUAUAUAACAGUCGUGAAAUAUUAAUCUCCCAAAAUCUUCAUCUUUCUCCAUCUUCACAUUUCCAAUGGCUCUGAAAGCAAUUGUCGCUAACUUACCAAAUUUCGAUCACACCAAUUAUAAGAUCCCAGAAAAUGCCACCAUUUUUUCUCCCACUUCUUUUCCUUCAGUUCAUACAGAAUGUUUGGUGGAAGAAGAAAAUGAAGGGAAGAAGAAGAAACCAUAUAAAUUUGGGAAAUUUGUGAUAAUGGGACAUAGAGGAAGUGGUAUGAAUAUUCUGCAAUCUUCAGAUCCUAAAAUGAAAACUUUUAUGGAGAAUUCUAUUCUCUCUUUUAAUCAUGCUGCUCAAUUUAAUCUCGACUUCAUUGAGUUUGAUGUUCAGGUCACCAGAGAUGACUGCCCUGUCAUUUUCCAUGACAUACAUAUCCUUACCCAAGAUGAGGGAGUCAUUAUAGAGAAAAGAGUGACAGAUAUUACCUUGGAAGAAUUUCUGAGUUAUGGACCUCAAAAGGAGCCAGGAAAGGUUGGAAAGCCUAUGCUUAGAAAAGCAAAAGAUGGGAGUAUAUUCGAGUGGAAAGUUGAGAAUGACGCUCCUUUAUGCACAUUGCAAGAGGCCUUUGAAAAUGUUGAUAAAUCUUUGGGUUUUAAUAUUGAGUUGAAACUCGAUGAUAGCAAAAUUUAUGAUGAAGUGGAGCUCAAACGCAUUCUUCAAUCAGUUUUAAAGAUCGUAGAUAAUCAUGCUGAUCAAGGGAGGGCCAUACUUUUUUCGAGCUUUCAACCUGAUGCAGUGCUGUUGAUGAGGAAACUGCAGGAUAAUCACCCUGUUUUCUUUCUUACCAAUGGAGGAUGUGAAAUAUAUGCUGAUCCUAGAAGGAAUUCUCUAGACGAAGCCAUCAAGCUUUGUCUUGAAGCUGGCUUACAAGGGAUCGUCUCUCAAGUAAGGGCGAUUUUUAGACACCCUGCAAUGGUUGCUAGGAUCAAAGAAUCCAAGCUCUCCCUUAUUUCUUAUGGCCAAUUGAACAACGUGCCAGAGGCGGUAUACAUGCAGCAUCUAAUGGGUGUUGAAGGUGUGAUCGUCGACUAUGUUCAAGAGAUAAAAGAAGCAGUAUCAGAUUUUAGCGAGACAUCUGCUGAGGAGACUGAUGAAGAGAAUUCUUUCAUUAACGGUAAAGAUAUGGAAGAAAAAAGAGAAAGGUCAUCCAUAAAAUUCUCAGAUCGUGAGCUCUCUUUUCUUCUGAAGCUCAUACCAGAAUUGGUACAAACUUGAAUGCUCGUAAUACAUUUAAUUUUCUGUUGUAAUUUCUGUUCAAAUGUACUUCAUACUACUAUGGUUGGUUGGUUUAUAUUGUGUAACCUUCUCAGAAGAAUUCAAGUCUCCCAAUCAAUCAUCUUAGAUUUAUAUACGAAGUGUGGAGUAUAUAUCAUGAUUGAUUUAGGGUAUGAUAUGAGUUCAUUCACGUCUUUGGACACUAUAUGUCUGUAUCUUUAUUAGCCUUGACUGAUUUGAGGUAAGGCUUUACACAGUUAAAGUCUUACACUUAGCUAAUUGUAGAAUUUUGAUCAAUUGGUUGUUGUUGA